UUGGGGGAAGGCAAGAGGCGGCGGGUAUUGCCGCGCCGCGUUUCCCGUGAUGCCUCAGGAGCCCCGCUCUCCUCUCGCCUCCGUUGCCCCCGGAAGAGGGAGCUUGGCGGUGGCGGUUGUUGACAAUAUGGCGGCUGGUGGCUGCUCCGCGGGAGGAAGAGGCGGAGGGAGAGGAGCCGGCAGGAGGAGGAAGGAGUCUCAUUCAUAGGGAGCCCGGCCCGCUGUUCUCCCCCCUCCCCGCCCCGGCACCAUGUCCUUCUUCAAGCGGAAAGUGAAAGGCAAAGAACAAGAGAAGACCACAGAUGUAAAAGCAAUUAAAACUGCAAUACCAGUACAUUCCCCUCAAAGAAGCACUAGAAAUCAUGCCUUGCUGGAGGCUGCAGGACCAAGCCAUGUGGCAAUUAAUGCCAUCUCCGCCAACAUGGACUCUUUUUCUAGCAGUCGGACAGCUGCUCUUAAGAAGCAGCUAAGUCACAUGGAGGCUGCACAUUUUGGAGACUUAGGCCGAUCGUGUCUGAAUUAUCAAGCUCAAGAGACCAAAUCAAGCCUUUCAAAGACCCUUGAACAAGUCCUGCACGACAGUGUUGCCCUCCCUUAUUUUAUCCAGUUUAUGGCACUGCGUAGAAUGGAACAUUUGGUUAAAUUCUGGUUAGAGGCUGAAAGCUUUCACUCCACAACAUGGUCCCGCAUAAGAGCGCACAGCCUGAACACAGUUAAACAGAGUUCAUUGGCAGAGCCAGUGUCUCCUUCAGUAAAACAGUGUGAAACCACAGUAUCUUCUCCAACUGGAUUGCUUGAUGAGAGGUUGGAGGAUUCCAGCACAGUCCAUCUGCUCAUGACCAAGACAGUACCUACAAACCUGAACGAUAAAAUUGACAAUGUUCAGAACCACUUGCUGUCAAGCCAUGAUAGCAAUAAUGCCAGGGUACUUCAUCUUGGGAAAUCUGAGGCAGGGACAUAUUCCGUUCCAGCUGAACAGCAAGACUCUUCCAAGCUUACAGUAUCAAACAGAAACAGCCCCUCUUCUGCACUAAAGGACUUGUCAGGAAAACUAAUGAAAAGUAUAGAGCAGGAUGAAGUUAAUACUUUUUACCAAAAUAAUUCUCCUAGAGCUGCUAAACCAUACCUAUUACAGCAGGCAAUGAGCAAGGAUUUCUGGGAGGGCAUGACAGGUGGACUGCCUAACGUGUUUUCAUUACUGCACGUCAAUAAGUGUUUAAUGCCCCUGGCUGAUAUACUCUUCUGUGAAUCAGCACUGUUCUAUUUUUCUGAAUACAUGGAAAAGGAAGAUGCAGUUAAUAUAUUACAGUUCUGGUUGGCAGCAGAUAACUUCCAGUCUCAGCUUGCUGCCAAAAAGGGCCAGUAUGAUGGGCAGGAGGCACAGAAUGAUGCCAUGAUUUUAUAUGAUAGGUACUUCUCCCUUCAAGCCACACAUCCUCUUGGGUUUGAUGACUUUGUGCGAUUAGAAAUUGAAUCCAAUAUCUGCAGGGAAGGAGGUCCGCUCCCUAACUGUUUUACUACUCCGUUGCGGCAGGCCUGGACCACCAUGGAGAAGGUUUUUUUACCUGGCUUUUUGUCCAGCAACCUUUAUUACAAAUACUUGAAUGAUCUCAUCCAUUCAGUACGAGGAGAUGAAUAUGCAGGGGGGAAUAUUGCACUGACUGUUCAAGGCCCCAGUAGCUCUCCUGACAAUGAGCCUCAUACAACUGGUUCUGAUGGCUCUGCCUCACAGUCCAGUGUCAAAAAGGUUAACGUUAAAAUCCUGAAAAAUUUUGAUGAAGCAAUAAUUGUAGAUGCUGCAAGUCUGGAUCCAGAAUCUCUAUAUCAACGAACUUAUGCAGGGAAGAUGACAUUUGGAAGAGUCAGUGACCUGGGACAGUUUAUCAGAGAGUCGGAACCGGAACCUGAUGUAAAGAAAUCAAAAGGGUCCAUGUUUUCACAAGCUAUGAAGAAAUGGGUGCAAGGAAACACAGAUGAGGCCCAAGAAGAGAUGGCUUGGAGGAUAGCAAAGAUGAUAGUCAAUGAUGUUAUGCAGCAGGCACAAAAUGACCAGCCUUUGGAAAAAGUUACAAAGCUAUGAUUUCAGAAAUGCCAGAGCAAGAAAUGUGGUGUUCUGCUUUUGAAGAUGAGUGAACUUUUUCCCUUUUGGUGGAGUCUUCUUUAACACAGCCAAUGAAAACAAAACACUGUUACUUCAGACAGCUGAUACUCCCUCAUCCAUCAGGGAGGAGGAAAAGGAGCAAUCCUAUAUCUCCUCCACAAAGUACAAAGUAAUGUUGUUUUUUUAAUACUGCACGUAGCGUUCACAAUAAUGAAGGUUUUAAAGAGAUGAAGAAGCACUUCAUGAACAUGUCACUGGAAAACUGUGAUCAGCUUCACAAAUACUUUACCCCAUCUCGGAAGGACUGUUAAUCACAAUAUCUGCAAUGGGACAUGGGCCACACUGGGGACGGGGGAAGGCUUUGUUGUAGUUUCUAGUUCUACUACUACUUGUAAUUUUUAAACACACAACUGUAAAGGCCACAGGGCAGCUUCCCUGACCUUACGCAUUGGAGAGGUCAGCCUGAGAUGAGGAAUACAUUGGCAGUGACUGAUCGGAAGAGCUAUACCCAUUAUAUUUUUCCUUACUUGAACUAGAGGAGUAUUCAACUGUAAGAUAAAUAAAUACAUUUUACUUCCUUCAUAACUGCAUUCAUUUUGGAAAAAAGCAUAAAAUGGCCAGGAAUGAAGACUGGACAAUGUAACUCUUUCUGCCCUUAGUCAAGCUGUUACCCUUGCAUACACGCAUUCCUUGCUUCUAGUAUGCAGAAGACUUACAAACCAAUCUCUUGCCUGUGCAGCCCUCCGUUUCUGAUUCAUGGAUCUGAGUCCAGCCCACUGUGCUGAGCGGACUGUGCCCAGUGGACUCUGCUCCAUUUUCUUACUUCUCCAUCAUGCAGGUAUAAAAUAACUCCCAUUAUGGGUUGCUGCCAUUCUCCAUAAUGUGCUGUCGUCAAACCGAGACCAUAUCUAUUCCUAGAUGUUUGUUUUUAAGGAAAAAAGAUCAUUCAGUUUUAGGACAUUUUGGCUUUAUUUCCCCUUCAUUAUUUUCAGCAUUUUCAACUUAUAUAGCCUUUGUUUUAAACAAAAAGCCACAGCAUCUACCGUACUACUUCACUCUUGGUCGCCAGACCAGUGAGGUGAUUCUACAGAGCAUCUGAAGCACUCAAGUUGUCACUCCGUUAUAUUAUCGCUUUUUUUUUUUAUUGUGAAGCAUUUCUGGUUUGGGUUUAUUUUAUUAUGAUUGCUUUGUUUUCUCAAGAUUGUGCAAAAAAUCAUUUUAUAAAAAUUCUCAAUCAUCUCCAAUGUUCAGAAAGUCUUGAUUGACUAGCAAAUAUUAUUCUGUUGCAAUAUUUGACUGUAUAGAGGCACACUGUGUAUUGUCUAAGAAGAAGCAAAAAGGCUGUGUAUAAGGUUUUUGGUACUAUGUACCACCUCUUAUUUCUCUCAUGCCCAAGUAUUCAUGUACUUAAAGCAUAUUAUAUUUAAUUGUGUUGAUUUAAAAUAUAUAAAUAUUAAAAAUUGUGUCAAUUUUCUGUU